AUGCAACGAGAACAGCUGCUACAACAGCAGCAAUGUUUGGCUGGAAAUGCUGACUGGGAUAUUGUAUUGGCCUAUAUGCGCCUUAAGCCAACAAAAUUUGAUGGUUCUGGACACGCACUAGACUUUCUAGAAGAAGUGGAACGUAACUCUAGACGUCUCCAGGCUAAUGAGAGGCAAUCUAUCAUUUUAGUGGAAAUGUCGAUGAAAGGGCUAGCAAAGGACUGGUUCCAACAUAUAAUCCAGCCGACAAUGGGUCAAAUGACGUGGGCCGAAUUUGUUAAUCAGUUCACGGAGUAUUUUCUUCCAUAUUCGGUGGCGGAGUUACACCGUGAUCGACUACUGAAUCUGAGCAAAGGAGAUAAGUCGGUGCAAGAAUAUGUUACAGAUUUUACAAGGUUAAGCCGAUUUGCACCUGAUUUGAUGGUAGACCCGGUAAGGGUGAACACUAGGUUUGUGAGAGGUUUAGGGCCUGACUUUGUGAGCUUAAUGGCAGAUGUGAAUACGGAUUUAGUUCAACUGAUAGAUAACGCCCGCCAGAUCGAGACUUCCUUGAUUCAGUUUGGACGACUCCCAGAUCCUUCCGGACAGGUACCAACCAGAAGUGAAUAUGCUCAGGUAGUACAGAGUGCCCCAGUUCAAUCCUUUACUAGGAAUUUUCCUAGACCCCAGUGUAAUCGGGAGCGUAAGAGGGGCAUACAUGGUAAUAGAGUUGGAACUUCUGGAGCUAAGUUUGGUGCUAAAACUACGGGUGGCAUAGGAAUGGGACCACCUCUUUUUCAGAACUGUAAUAAGCGGCAUUUUGGGGCAUGCCAUCUUGUAGUAGGGGCAUGCUUUAACUGUGGCCAGCAAGGUCACUUUGCAAGAGAAUGUCCAAGGCAAGGACCUCAAGGGUCAAUGACUACAGUUGCUCAACCAUCAUACAAUCAGCAAAGACCUGCGUACCCUGCAUCAUCUAGAUAUGGGCAGACAGGUAGUACCUUUACUGGUUAG